CUGGUGGUGGGGGGGCAAAAGACAAUCACCUUCUCGGGUAAAUAAAAGUUCACUGAAAAGCAUGUGAGCCCGUGUGAAGGAUGUUUUGAAGUUCUAAAUGAGCCUCUGACUGAUGGAGACACCGAAUUUGGGGAAGUUGAUGCCAUGUCAGUGCGCUCGCAGCAAUCAGAUUUUAAAAAAUCGUAGCUGAGAGUCCCUGCGGGCUGUGCGCACUCUUAUUCCGCACACUGAUGGUUUUACGCACAGACUGGGCGCGGGGCUGCAAAUGGGCGGCAUAGGUGGCAACCUCUACCUCAGCAUGUUGAAUGGGACUGAAACGCAAACUUUCGGGAAGAGCAGCGACAUCGGCGGCCACCUUCACAAGGAGUUUAAAAUGGGAAUCCAGGACGCGCGGUUCUACUAUCCGGACGGCGUCCAGGGCGCCCAGGACGCGUUUCCACUGUCCUACCACUCUGAGCAGACAAUCGGAGGGUUCGGUGCGCAGCCGGGCAGGUUUUACCCACACUCCCUCAGCAGCUGCCCGUACGGCGGCGUGCGCUCGCCGACAAGAAGCGGAGCCGGACAGAAUUACGUCUCCACGGGUGGAGACGCUUUUCCCACGACUGGAAAAGAUGCGUACCCUCCGUCUCCGGAGAAUUACGCGACAGGCUUUCAACACGGGUACCAACGGGCACCUCUUUACCCUUUACCUGGGCUACAGGUGUGCGGCAAGACGCAGGCGCUCCUCAAUAACUACCCGCUGUGGGCCAAGUUCCACAAGUUCCAAACGGAGAUGAUAAUAACCAAACAGGGGAGGAGGAUGUUCCCCUUUCUGAGCUUCAACAUCAGUGUUCUGGAUCCUUCAGCCCACUAUAACGUCUUUGUGGACUUGAUUUUGGCUGAUCAGCACCAUUGGCGAUAUCAAGGGGGCAAAUGGGUCCAGUGUGGCAAAGCAGAGGGUAAUAUGCCAGGGAACAGGAUGUACAUGCACCCCGAUUCUCCGAACACUGGAGCUCACUGGAUGAGGCAAGAAGUGUCCUUCAGCAAGCUGAAGCUCACCAACAACAAGGGCAGCACCAAUAAUGUGGCACAGAUGAUUGUGCUUCAGUCCCUCCAUAAGUACCAGCCUCGUCUUCACAUUGUAGAAGUGAAGGAGGAUGGCUCAGAGGACCCGUUCCUCUCAUCCAAGGCUCAGACUUUUGUCUUCCCCGAGACUCAGUUCAUCGCUGUCACUGCUUAUCAGAAUGCAGAUAUCACUCAGCUGAAAAUAGACCAUAACCCCUUCGCUAAAGGUUUCCGUGACAAUUACGACACGUUAUAUGCUCCUCCCGACUCUGAUCGCCUCACCCCCUCCCCAACAGAGAGCCAGCAGCUGCUGCCUGGGAGCUGCUACCCUCAGAGCUACAUCUCGGAGCCGUACAUGAGCCCCCUGCAACCGAGCCGCUUCUACAGCCGCGAACCCAUCAGCAUGGGCCAGCAGCACAAGGAUCCGUGCUCCAGUCCCAGUUCUCCCAGUCGCUGGUACCUUACACCUCAGCAAGGCGUGGCCCCCAAUCGGCUUGACUUCACUCCCUCUUAUGAAGGGGACUUUUCUGGAAAUGGCUUCUACAAGCCCUUCCCUCUGCAGACAUCAGCUCACCACGCCUUGAGCUUCUACCCGGAUCACCCCUUUGCCUCUACAAGCGUUUCUGUCUCCGGAGCUUCCUCAGCAGGCUGGAGUACCAGUCGGCCCACGCCUCAGUACCUCACCCACUCAAGUAAGCCGAGCCCCAAUUUAGCGUGGUUCAGACCCAUAUCUUCUUCCUCCUCUUCUUCUUCUUCUGUGUCACCUGGUAACCCCAGGCUACACCCUCCCUCACUUCUGGAGCCCCUUCAGGUGGCCGUACUGCAGGAAAAGCACAAAGAUCCUGGAGGAGUCACGGGAGAUGACACCUGGCUAGAACCUCCUUCUGUUAAAUCAGCGGACUCGGCAGACUCGGGCCUGUUUGAAGGCGGAGCCGCUGAGAACAAGAAGAGGAGGGUGUCACCUUACACGUCCAGCACUGAGAACUCCCCACCUCCACCACACAGUGUCGAGAUCUGCGAGAAGGAUGGCAACGGCGAUGUGGACUUCUAUGGCUACUACACGCACUGAAGACAUCGCACAUCAACGCAGUGUCUCCCCCACAGAGCCCUUUGUCCAGUGGUGUCUUUCUUGUGGACACAUGUAACAGCCUGUCCAGUCAAGUGCAGACAACAGGCUGGAACAGUCUCCCAAUCUCUGAAGGACAAGUAGCAAGGCCCCGCUGAGAGUGUCAGAUGAUUAUAACAGGAACCUCCAAGGUUACUGUCAAAGUUGAUGUUUAACUGAAGCCCGAGUGGAAGUGACUGGUGCAGCGUCUCUGCCCUACAGUUACAUAAAUGCCAAACAGACAUCCAGACAUGUGAAUUUAGACUUUGAAACAUCUGGUAAUCGAAAGCACCUGCAGGAAACGUCUGUUCUUUCUGCAUAAGACUCUCUUCGUCUCCGGCUCGUCUUCCCCUUCUCAUCUGCAACCGUUCAACCGUGUAUUUGCUCUUUACAAUACGCUUACAUUCACUCCCCUGAUGAGUUUAAGAA